UCAUAUGCUGAGGUGGAGAGCUAACCAGGAAGAUACUGAAGAGUCAAAAUAUUGCAUUUAAAACUUGAACCUCAAGAAGAAGAAAUCAGAAACCCUCAAAAAUUUCCGACUCUUGAAUGGUUCUUUACGAAGCUUGCUUCAUCUUUCUCUUUUACGGUUUUCUUUUAAUUUAUUUUUUGAUGUAUCGAUAUAACUAACUUUUAAAGAUUCAAUUUUCAAGUGUUUUUUAGGGCACAAAUUAACAUUAUUUCAGAUUUUUUGGUGUCAUUGUAAUUAUCUGUUGUUUUAUUUCAAAAUUUUUUUUGUAGGAUUCAUUGAGAAGCAGUGGAAAAGUCGAGGCUAUGGAAACUCAAGAUGACGAUUCACGUUUGCUAUGGUUGGUUUUAGCUUAGGGUUCAUUAUCAACUUUCAGGAUGUGUUUGAUGAGUUUGUUGAUUUGUUGAGCACCUCAUACCAGGGAAGAGCUUUGUGUUGGAGAAGUUAUAGGCAUGCAUAUUGCUCACUUGUAAUAAGCCAAUGUUAGUAAACGUUUACUUGAUGAGAAAGUGGCUGUCUGUAAAGGAUUGACUGACAACCAAACAUUAGUGAACUAAAUUGCUCAUUGGUCAUUUCUAUUCUGUCAUUUACGAAUCAACUCUUGUAUGUAUUUACAAUAUCUGAACAUAUAGAUUUGUGUAUCUUGGAUUGCUAACAGUCAGAUCUGCUACUUCUAGUGUCAUUUAAUUCUCUCAUUCAGUAUCCUGCUCCACAAGCAUGUAGCUGUACUCUAGUUUAUGCAUUUAUGACAAUUACAUGGUAUACAGUUCAGUCUUUGGGCAUUGCAUUGAUAACUCAUUAAGUUUGUCUUUGAAAAUUGCUCUAUUCCAUGGUGACGACACAUUUUAUUACCAUGCACAGAGACGGAGAUUUGAGAAUCUGAUGAGGCUAAUUGAAAGUUCUUGCCCAUCCUUGCUCCUCCGCAGGAAGGAAAUUGAGAGACAUUUCAGCAAGCUCACGCACAUCCCUGAUCACCCUCCAUAUGCUUAUAUGAUUCAAAGGGCAAUCUCAGAGUUGAAUGAGCUCGGUGGUUCAAGUGAGGUAACCAUAUCAAAGUUUAUUGAGGCAGAGUAUGAAGAUUUGCCUUUUGCUCAUGCAAGCCUAUUGACUCAUCACCUACAAAAGCUUGUUAAGAAAGGAGACAUUGUUUGUACUUCUGGAAACUGUUAUAUACUUACAAAUGAGAGUUCUGAUUUUCAUUGUAAUUUGAACAAGGAACAGAAACAUUUGAGAAGGAGGUGUCAGAAGGGUAGGCAGCAUAAGUUCAAAGGAGUUGAAUCACAAAAACAGAAAAAAAUUGAAGAAAGUCAGGAAAAGACUCAAGUAAAUGGGACAAUAUGUAAAGGAAUUGAAGAACAAAAGCCAGUGGAAGGACAUAUUGGACCAACUGGAGAACAAGAAAACAAAGGGUAUGCUGAAUUGAUUGAAAAACACAAUGAGGUGGAAGAAAUACAAUUUAAAGUGAAUGACGAGCAAGUUGGAGCUGAACAAUACAAUAAAGGGAUUGAUGAACAUAAUCAAAAGCAGGUGCAGCAGAAACAACAUCAAAAAGAAAUGAAUUUACAGCAAGUUCAAGUGCUAGGGAAAACAAGUGAAGUGUUUGUAGAAGAGAACAAUCAAGCUGAAGAUAAGAAUCAGGCUGAAAAUCAUAAUGGAGUAGCUGAAGAAGGACAUAAAGAACUAGAUAAAGAAGUAAUUGAAGAACAGCAAAUUCAAGUGCCAGUGGAAGGAUAUAUUGGACCAAUUGUAGAACAAGAAAACGAAGGGAAUGCUAAAUUGAUUGAAGAACACAAUGAGUUGGAAGAAAUACAAUUUAAAGUGAAUGAUGAGCAAGUUGAAGCUGAACAAUACAAUGAAGGGAAUGAAGAACAUAAUCAAAAGCAGGAUCAGCAGAAACAACAGCAAAAAGAAAUGAAUUUACAGCAAAUUCAAGUGCUAGGGAAAACAAGUGAAGUAUUGGUAGAAGAGAACAGCCAAGCUGAAGAUAGGAAUCAGGCUGAAAGUCAUACUGGAGUGGCUGAAGCAGAGCAUUUGAAGGAACUAGAUAAAGAAGUAAUGGAAGAACAGUUUCAUGAAGAACGAAAGUUAGCAAGCUUGAAGAGAAAAAUAAAAUUCAAGAUCAAGAAAGCAAAGCUAGCAAAAAGCAGGUCCAAUUACCAGAAAUACAAAUUGAAGGAGUUGUGGAACGGAUUAAUCCAAAAUUUAGUGGGGAGGCCAACAUUUUCGAGCCAAAAGCGGGCCAAUCUUAUCUGGUAGGACUCAUUGAGCAUUUUCACAAAUUAAGACGUGGUAGCCCAGAAAAGCCACCCGAAUCUCAGCAGGUUACAAGUUCUCUCAAUGUAUUACAGGAGCUUAGCCUGGAGCAUCAGCAUCAAACUACUUUUAGUAAUGUGGCUAAAGUACUUGAAUACAAGCAACCACCAGAAAAUUCAAUGGAGGGAAGUCUUACUGAGCAGGAACUAACAGCAGUGGAGCACCAAUUACAACCACGGCGGCAAAUGCCAUCUGAUAGAGCACCAGGUGACCAACUGAAUGCUGGAGGAAGUAUUGAUAGAAUUAACAGGGUUGUCACACAAGUAUAUGUGAAGAGAAAGAAAGGAAACAAGAAGACCAAGUGCUGAGCUGGGGAAGUGUACUAGAGUUGGCUACGUGGUACCAUCCCAAGGGAGUAGUUUGUUAGGACAACUGGAUUGAGAGGCAUAAAUUGUGGGAAUGUUUGUAAUGGGUAGAGAAUGUUUUAGUGGUAUCUUGUGGGAGGUUCCUAGCACCUCGAAAGGCUAGUGUUAUCUUUUUCGGCUUUUCUUUCAUUCUGUUCUUAUUGUCU